CUCUGCGCUCAGUGCUAGGUCUACCUCAAGAUGAGAAAUGUUUUAUAAUAAGGACGACACAGAGACGACAGGUAUCAGGUGUUACACCACACACCAUGACGCCUACAAGUAACGUAUGCAACAAACUUCAGAAAAACGAAGGACACCGGGACGGUUAAGAUGUAGCCGCCAUUUAAACUCAGUAACAAACGUUUCCUCUUCCAGAUAUUUGAUGAUGAACAGUUAAAACAUGGCUGUUAAUGUUCUCGGUUUGGUGGUUAUAGUGGUAUUUUAUGUUAUUAUUCUUAUUAUUGGUAUUGUUGCUGGACGUAAGAGCACCAAAUCCAACAAUCCCGACGAACUGUUCAUUGCCAAUAGAAGCUUUGGUCUGUUUGUGGCCAGUUUUACCACAGCUGCUACACAGGUCGGGGGUGGCUAUAUCAAUGGAACAGCUGAGGCUAUGGGCAGAGACGGAUUGGUCUGGGCUUUACUAGGACCUGUCGGAUAUAACAUUGGCAUGGCUAUGGCUGGAAUAAUAAUCGCCCCGAAGGUCCGCAGUAUGAAAUACUCCACCAUCUUUGAUCCUUUCCAGCAAAAAUACGGAAACAAAAUGGGAGGACUUCUCUUCUUUCCUGAGUUGUUUGGAGACCUGUUCUGGGAGGCUGCCAUUUUAGGAGCUUUAGGCACGACGCUAUCUAUAGUACUGGGCCUGGAUAUGACCAUGUCCGUGAUCGUGUCGACCUGUGUGGCGGUCGGCUAUACCUUAUUCGGGGGCCUCUACGCAGUGGCUUACACUGACGUCAUCCAGCUCUUCUUCAUUGCAGUUGGCUUGGUGCUGGCGAUACCUUUUUCUAUAAUGAAUCCUGCGGUGGAUAUGUCUCGUAUCCAGGACACAUGGACUGGCCACAUGGAACCAGAACUCAUUGGACUGUACAUUGAUACAGCAUUAAUGCUUAUCAUGGGGGGAAUGCCUUGGCAGGCGCUGUACCAACGCGUGCUUGCCUGUAAGAGUCCAAAGAUAGCCCGGAAUGCGUGUGUAAUGGCAGCAUGUAUCUCCCUACUGCUAGCCCUACCUCCCACAGCUGUGGGGGCCAUAGGAUCCGCCGCAGAUUGGAACGCCACUGAAUAUCCGGGAAAUGUGCCGCUUGACUACAAACAGUGGGCUCACAUUUUCCCCAUGGUACUUCAGUACCUCUGCCCAACAGCGGUCUCCAUCAUUGGUAUAGGAGCCGUCUCGGCAGCAGUCAUGUCUUCUGCAGACUCGUGUGUUUUAGCUACUGGAAGUGUGUUCGCAAAUAAUGUAUACAAAAAUAUAUUUCGACCCAAGGCAAGUCAGAGAGAAAUAGUAUGGGUACUUCGCCUGACGAUAGUCGUUGUUGGUACCGUUGGAGCGGCCAUUGCCCUCACAGUCGGCAGUGUGUACGGACUAUUCAUAAUGUGCGCUGACCUGAUGUACGUCAUACAGUUUCCUCAGCUUGUCUGUGUUCUAUGGGUCAAGUGUGCGAAUACAUACGGCAGCCUUACUGGCUUCGUCAUCGGUCUUUUCCUCCGAGUGGCGGGAGGGGAACCGUUCCUCAAGAUAGCUCCAUUGAUCCAGUAUCCCAUGUACCACGAAGAAUACGGACAGCUCUUCCCUUUCAAAACUGUGUCAAUGCUUUGUUCCCUGUUCACGAUUUGCGUUGUGUCGUACAUAACAGAGCGACUGUUCACCCAAGGGACGCUAUCCAUGAAAUUCGACAUCUUCCAUUGCUAUAAAGACGCGGACGAGGAAGAGAAAAAAGAUGACGACGGAGAUAUUGAAAAGAAAGAACCUUUUAUAGCACCGGUAGAGCCAGACCAUUUUGAAUUACAUCAAGUAAAUCAACGGACGCCAAUUAAUUCGUUUUGAACAUAUGAACUUAUAUCAUUAUCAUUAAUGUCAACGUUUAGUUAUUAACCAUAUAAUUGCGUAACACUCGGUGAAGAAUAAUUAGCAAGACAACAGAUAUUAUUUAUACAACCUUUAAUAUGUAUUUUCCCCACCCCAAACACAUCUCUUUGUGGUUGAACCUCUGAGAAGGAUAUAUGUCUAUAACCUAGUACACGGAGACGCUACAUGCACUGAAAUAAAAGCGGAAGCUGGGCUCGCUAUCCAGUGGUUGUUUUAACUAACACAGAAAUAUUGAGGAAGCUGUUAUAAGAGAAAAUCCAAAUGUAAUCUAGCGUGAUAUAUUUGACUUUGUCUUGAUCCCACAUUAGUACAUUGCCUAGGAAGAACUUCUUUGGGAAUAUGAAUCAAAACAUAAAUAUGUUUGAUUUGAUAAAUAAUGCCUCAUAGUCUAAAUUGAUGCAUAAGAAAGAACUGGCAACGCCGUAAUGCACCUACAUAUCAAACUGGUUUCUCCCCCUCCCCCCAUAUCUGUAACCUUUACAAUGGUUAAUGAUGCUUCCGUUGGAAAAAAGUUUAAGAAAUGUAUAAGAAUCUUCAUAGAGACUGCUACUGCUCUCAAUAUUUAUUUUAACCAGAUGUCUGCCCGACUUACGUUCUUUUAUCAAUAAAAAAAGUCCCGUGAUUUUUUGUAUAACAACUGGUUAUAAAACACACUUUAGUUACUCUGUGACCAUUUUAUGAAACAAUUAACUAAUACUCUUACUGCAUAUUUUACCCAGUUCAGGAUAUAUAAGACCCCAUAUACGUGUCAGAAUAUGUAUAUGUAAUAUCAUUGAUUUUACAUCUAUGUCAAUGAUUUAUUAUAACACGGCUAUUUUGUAAAUAUGGUUUGAAUCUAAA